AUGCUAGCUCACAGAGAAGAGGAUAUGGCAGUUAUUGGUGUAUAUGUGGUAAAUGGAAAAAGAGAGCUGUGUUUUAGUUCCAGAGUGAUUGCUGCAGUAAGCCCUAGCAUGAAUUCCUCCUCCUUCCUUCUCACUGGAUUUCCUGGCCUGGAGAAGCAAUAUCCCUGGAUCUCCAUUCCCUUCUCUACCAUCUAUACCAUGGUGCUUCUGGGCAACUGCAUGGUGCUGCACGUGAUCCGGACUGAGCAGAGCCUGCACCAGCCCAUGUUCUAUCUCCUGGCUAUGCUGGCCCUCACUGACCUGGGCAUGGGGCUGUCCACAGUGCACACGGUGCUGGGGAGCCGGUGGGGGCUUAUUCAGAAAGUCAGCCUGGAUGCCUGCAUUGCACAGUCCUAUUUCAUUCGUAGUCUGUCUUUCAUGGAGUUCUCUGUCCUCCUCGCUAUGGCUUUUGAUAGCUACUUUGCCAUUUGCCACCCACUAUGCUACUACUCCAUCCUAACUAAUGAUAAAAUCAUGAAAAUUGGGGUGGCAAUUUUAUGUAAGAGUACAUUACUCAUACCUCCGGGCAUCAUUCGCCUAAAGUUCUUAAAUUAUUGCCGUCCCCACAUCCUUUCUCACUCUUUCUGCCUGCACCAGGACCUUCUCCAUCUAGCUUGCUCAGACAUCUGAUUCAAUAGCUACUAUGCCCUGAUGCUGGUCAUUUGCACACUGUUGUUGGAUGCUGUUCUUAUCCUUUUCUCCUAUGUCCUGAUUCUUAAAUCAGUCCUGGCAAUUUCUUCUCAGGAGGAGAGACAUAAGUCAUUUCAGACCUGCAUCUCCCACAACUGUGCUGUUCUUGUGUUCUACAUCCCUAUCAUUAGCCUAACAAUUGUGCACCGUUUUGGCAAGCACCUCUCCCCCAUUGUCCAUGUCCUCAUGGGCAACAUCUACAUUCUUUUCCCACCUUUGAUGAACCCUAUCAUCUAUAGUGUCAAGACCCAACAGAUUUGUAGCAGAAUGUUGAGACUUUUUUCCCUGAAAGUAUAUUGA